UCGAGGGUGGGGGCGGCGUGCGUGCGUGGGAAGCCGCGCAGCGCCAUGUCCGCCUUCGCCCUGGAGGAAACGCUGGAGGCCGACUGGGUGGCCGUGAGGCCUCACGCCUUCCAGGAGCGGGAGAAGCAGAAGUUUGUCUUCAUCGUGGCCUGGAACGAGAUCGAGGGCAAGUUCGCCAUCACCUGCCAUAACCGCACGGCGCAGCGCCAGCGCAGCGGCUCGCGGGAGCUCCGCCGCGGCGGCCCCGCCGAGGCCAGAGCCGCCCCCAAGGCUGGCAGCCCCUCAGCACGCAGGGGCCCGGCCUCGGGCUCGGACUCGGGCCCGCCGCGGGGCGCGGCGGCCGAGGCGCUGCCGAAGAGCCCGCUGUGCGGCAGGAGCGGCCCGGCCCGGCGGCCGCGGCGAAGCCUGGGGGCGGCAGGUGCCGCCGAAGAUAUCGAAGUGCUGGAGCUGGGGAAGGAGGAGGCGGCCGGCGCCGUGUCGCUGCCGCCCGCGCUGCUGCCGGCGGCUGAGCCGGCCGCUGCCGACGCCGAGCCCGCGGGGGAGGAGUGCAGCUGGGCCGGCCUCUUCUCGUUCCAGGACCUGCGGGCUGUGCACCAGCAGCUGUGCUCGGUGAACUCGGAGCUGGAGCCCUACCUGCCUUCCUUCCCCGAGGAGCCGUCGGGCAUGUGGACGGUGCUGUUCGGAGCCCCGGAGCUCUCCGAGCAGGAGAUGGACGCUCUCUGCUACAAACUGCAAGUGUACCUGGUCCACAGCUUGGAUACCUGCGGCUGGAAGAUCCUUUCGCAGGUCCUCUUCACUGAGACUGACGACCCCGAGGAGUAUUACGAGAGCCUGAGCGAGCUGCGACAGAAGGGGUACGAGGAGGUGCUGCAGCGGGCGCGCAGGCGAAUCCAGGAGCUUCUGGAAAAACAUAGGAACACAGAAAGCAUGGUAGAGCUACUUGAACUCUAUCAAAUGGAAGAUGAAGCCUACAGUAGUCUUGCAGAAGCUACCACGGAGCUCUACCAGUACUUACUACAGCCAUUCCGAGAUAUGAGGGAGCUUGCAAUGCUUAGAAGACAGCAGAUAAAGAUCUCAAUAGAGAAUGACUACCUAGGCCCCAGAAGAAUUGAGAGUCUGCAAAAAGAAGAUGCUGAUUGGCAGAGAAAAGCCCACAUGGCGGUGCUUUCUAUUCAAGAUCUUACAGUUAAAUACUUUGAAAUAACAGCUAAAACACAGAAAGCUGUGUACGAUCGAAUGCGAGCAGACCAGAAAAAAUUUGGUAAGGCAGCAUGGGCAGCAGCUGUGGAACGUAUGGAAAAACUUCAGUAUGCAGUUUCUAAGGAGACGCUGCAGUUGAUGCGUGCUAAAGAAAUCUGUUUGGAGCAGAAGAAACAUGCACUGAAAGAGGAGAUGCAGAGCCUGAAAGGUGGUACAGAAGCCAUAGCUCAUUUGGACCAGUUAGAAGCUGAUUAUUAUGAUCUACAGCUUCAAUUAUAUGAAGUACAGUUUGAGAUCUUGAAAUGUGAAGAGCUGCUGCUAACAGCACAACUUGAAAGCAUCAGAAGACUGAUGUCAGAGAAGAGAGAUGAAGUGGUAUAUUAUGACACUUACGAAAGUAUGGAAGCUAUGCUUGAAAAAGAGGAUAUGGCAACUUCUAUACACUUGCAAAAAGAGGAGCUGCAAAAGUUACAACAGAAAAUUCGCCAGCUGGAAGCAAGGCGUGGACGUAUUUCAGCCAAGAAAGCCUACCUCAGAAACAAGAAGGAGAUCUGUAUUGCAAAGCAUAAUGAAAAGAUCCAGCAGCAUCACCAGAGUGAGGAGGAAUACAAAACUCACCAUACUGUUCAGCUAAAGCGAAAUCAGUUACAAGAUGAGGAAGAAAGAAAGAGCUCCUGGGUUAGUCAGGAACGACAGAAAACUCUGGACAGACUUCGCACAUUUAAACAGCGGUACCCUGGGCAAGUAAUACUUAAAUCAACCAGACUACGGCUGGCGCAUGCAAGAAGAAAAUGUGCAGCCAGCUCAGUGUCCUGUGUCGAUCAGCCUCAGUCUUUGCCGGCAACCAUACAAAUCCAAGAGAAAAGUGAAGAGGUGGAAUUGGAAAAUGCCGUUCAGCCUUUGCAAGUGCAGGAAUCCAUAAGCUUAGAACAACUUCAGGAUAUCUCAUUACCUCCCAGUGGUGUUACCUCUGAACUGCCUCAUGUUAGUACUUCUCCACUCACCAGUGAUGAGCUUCAACCAGAAACUGUUACUGUAGUACCACUUCCACCCCCUUUGCCUCCUCCACCUCCGCCGCCACCUUUGCCCUCCAAGGAAGACACCACCAAAUCCUUAGAGAAAAAUGACAGCUUUGUUAAACGUCAGAGUGAGGAGAAGGGAGUCCAGCACUCUUCUGGUGUCCCACCAGCAUAUCUGUUUGACAGCAGUCAGCUAGUCAGUGCCAAGAAGAAGCUUAAGAAGACUGGUGAUCUAGAGGGUUUACAGAGGAGGAGAGUGAGUUCCCCGAUGGAUGAAGUGCUGGCUUCCUUGAAACGUGGCAGCUUUCACUUAAGAAAAGUUGAGCAGAGAAGUCUCCCUCCUUUUCCUGGGGAAGAUGAUAGCAAUAACAUCUUGGCACAGAUAAGGAAAGGGGUGAAACUGAAGAAAGUGCAGAAAGAUGUUUUGAGAGAAUCCUUUACAAUUCUGCCUGAUACUGAUCCUCUGACAAGGAGCAUCCAUGAAGCACUGCGACGAAUUAAGGAAGCCUCACCUGAAUCAGAGGAUGAAGAGGAGAGUUUGCCUUGCACAGACUGGGAAAAUUAACCUGUAAUUAACCUACAUUUAAAAAAAAAUAUUUCUUCAAUACUUUUUGUAUAACAAUAGCAGCUAAGCCUCAGGUUGUGCGUUCUAGGAAACUUAGUAUGAACGUGACUAAACUGUCUGGCGUCCAACAUGGUAAAACAUGCACAUAUGAGUUUAGUAUCACUGACUUUUCAAAGAAUUUAAGGUUUAUAGUAAGGAAAACUUUUUUUAGGCAACAUCUUAGCCUUUUAUUGUUUGAAUACUUUUGCUGAAUAUUCGACAGGACUGCUUCUAUAAAAAGCUCUAUUCUAUUUAGUAAAUUUGAAGGGACUGUUUGCAGCUUACCAGAAAGCUUUAAAAAGCUUUUAAGUAAUGAAGCAGCACAAUCACUCUUGGACACACCUUGUACUUAUUUUCUAAUUGCAUCUUGCCUUGUAAAAAUUUAGCAUGUUUAUCACUUCAGACUGAAUAGGUCAAAGUGAAGGAUGAUUAGACUUGGCUGCUGAACACACUGAAAUCUCAUUGGUUACUCUGUGUGACUGAUUCUUUGAUAGCUUGGUUUCAAUUUGUAAACUGUCUGACUUAAUUGACUUUCCAGACUAUAAACAAUAAAUAUACAAAUAUAAAUUAUUACUUCUGCUACUCAUAUGAAUCCCUUGAACUUGCAUUAUCCUAAGCUGCAGUGCCUGAAAGUAUAGAUAUUAGAUUUCAGCAAAUGAAGUUAAUGAUUUUGGAACAAAACAGAAAUUGCCAAGAGAUGAGUUUUCAAAAUUAUGGCUGCAUCAGUAGCGCAAAGAGGUUCUUGAUUACAACAGCACACAGCACUUUUUCUGUGGUGGUUCUUCUCUGCUACUGGCAUGUGGAUGAACUUAAGUCUCAAUGAAAGCUCCCAUUAAACUUAAAAUUUGGAGAAACGAGAGGUAUGACAAUCCGUAAAGAAUUUAAAAAUCUGGUUCAAAUUCAAAUACUAUUUCAAGAUAGCGUAUGGAAGACAAGUAUUUAUAAUCCUUGCAACACAGGUACCAGUAGGAAAAGAUAACCUUUUCAGAUGUUUACAAUCAGGCAUUUCUACUCUGGUUAGUUAUUAACAUAGCUGGAGAGUGACUUGACAAAGUGCUACAGCUGUUGAAGAGGUGGUGGUGACUUAGCACAUAUCUGCUGAAUGUUGUUGUGAUUAUGAAAUGCUAUGUCUCAAAUCGUUCCUUUGGUAUGCUACUUCAAAAUAAUAAUGUUUAAAAUUCUUAAAAGGAAAAUAAAUGCUGCCUUUAUUUCCUCAUGAACUAGCAAUUGCCACAGUAAUGAUUUAAUACUGUUAUAAUUAUGGUAUGCUCCUUCUAUUCCAUACCAAAUGUACUGCAAGCUUUGGAAUUGAAAAUCCAGGAGUGGAGGUGUACUUGACUCUUGCUGAAUCUCAAAUUGAAAAUAAUCUUGCUUGGGUGUAACUUUUUUUCUAGUAACUUGCAUACUGAAAACCCCCACUACCACAGCCCUUCAGGAAUGAAGUGACAGCUGUAAGAAAAGACAUCCCAUGGAAUUGACUUGGCUUUCUAAGUGCAAUUAUUCUCUUUUCAUUUCCUAGAUAACUAAGCAGAUUUAACAUUGAGAUUGGACUUUAUGAUUUUAGUUAAUCUAACUUUCUUUGGGAUCUCGUUUGCAUUUUUUAGCAAGAAUACUCUUUAGUACUAUGGCUCAUUUGAGGGGAAAAAAAAAAAAAGGAAGGAAUUUAUGCAAGAGUGACUGUAGUUGGUGGACCUCCUAAACAUUUUCCAUUGGAAGUGUAUCUUAAAAGUCUUAUGUGUAUGUUGCCAUACAAUAUAAAUACACGUUUUCCUCUGCUAUCUUUUGUACCCCGUAGAAGUAGUUCAGAGUGCAAGUUGAAAAUCGCUGCCGUGCAGUACCUCUAGUGCACUGGUUGUUGUCUGGCUUUUACCAGUCUACAGUUAUGGUAUCUUCCCCUUUUAAGGAUGCUAAGGAUGCACUCCUGUCACAUGCUGAGGUCCCAUGAAAUCACGUGGACCUAAAGCAGGAUGCAGUGUCAGAAUUCCGGGUCUGUGCUUCUUGGAGGUCUUCAUAUAUCUUGGACCUGCUUUCUCAUACCAGUAUCAUAUUUCAUUUUGAAAACAAUCCUGUUUUCAUGGGAUGAGACUCUUUAACAGAUAGUACAGAUUUCAUUGAAAGUGGUUGUACAAAAUAGCUAACAGCUCAGAAAGGAAAAACGGGCCCCUGCUAUGGAAGCAUGUGAAAUAAUCUGGGAGAACAGAGACUGAGACAAAGCCCAUGUGAAAUUCAGCUGAAUAAAUACUUUUCACAUAGAUGAGUGUGCUUUCUUGAACAUAUUGACUGGUUACCCAGAGUUUAUUACACAACAGUAAAAUCUAAUGAAAGUGUGUUGUAGAAACAGCAGAUCAGUAUUUUGUACUAUGAGGUUAUCCAUUUAAUACCAUGCUUAAGGAUGACCUGCUGAUUUUCAACUGUAAGCUCUGCACAUACAAAUAAACAGCUGUGCAGAGGUUUUAGGUUGAAAACAGUUAUACAAAAGUGUAUUGGCACAUAUGGUACAAGCUAUGCUUAAGACACAUAGAUGCUGGUAGGCUAAAUGUAAUGCAGUUAUUUGCCUUAGAAAUGAAGGCUAUAUCUCAUUUAAUGAUGCAUGUUCAGCAAGUGCCCAAAAGUGUCUUAAUGUAUGUGCAAGGAGUAUGAAUAAUGCCCACUGCAGUGGUUUCAUUAGUAACUGAAGUUUGAAGACAAAGUAAUAGUAAUUAAUUCCUGCAGGUUAUCUAGUCAGCUCUUGUACUAUCUGCUUUAUGAGUCAAGUUCUACAUAAAGUUAUGACUAACUUUUUUUAAGAGCAAUUCCUUCCUUACUCUAAACCAUGUACAAAAAUGUUGAGGCAUUCUGUGUGUUGGAAGUACAGCUGAACAAGCAGUAUAAAGAUGCAGUAGCUUCUGUAUGAAAAAGCAAAGGAUUACUGGUUAUCAAAAGUAUCCCAAGCCUACCUCUAUGUACACACACACACAAUGUUACACAUAAAUGACUGUAGUACAUUAAGAGUACUGUAAGUAAUGCGAAAGCUGGGUUCCUGGGAGUGAUGGAUAAGAAGUGAGCUUCUGUUCUCCAUAGUCUUCUAAUCCAGUAUUUUGGGUCUCUUCAAACUCUCUUCUGCAUUCACUCCCGAUAAUACCAGAAGGCAAAAAAGAUCUGGUCAUAUUCUGUGUGUCCUGGCUCUAGAGUUAGUGUGUCAUUACCCUGGGAGCAAAGAGAAUCCAGGCUUUUGAAGAGACCACUCAGUAUUGCAUGUUGGAGUUGUCUAAUACGUUUAUCAGAGAGUAUCUGUACAACCGUCUAGCUUUUCAGAUGUUCCUCCUUUUUUUUUUUUUUUCCCCCAAACAGGUGAUUAACAGCCACUGACGUGAGAAAAGAAACCCCAGUUGAAGAUUACUUUUCUUCUUCAUAUCUGAAAAUUCAGAGCCAGCAGUUAUGACCAUCAAUUCCACAUGAGGCUUUCUUUGGCAAAGAAAUGCUCUUUCUUUGGCAAAUGAUUCAGUAUAUGGAAAAAAAAAAUGCCUGAAAUGUUAAUUUUUGGGUCACUUUUUUCUUUAAUUUGUUCCAAAAUUCUGGUUUGGGCAGAAAGCUAAGUUGUUAGGUGCACAUUUUAUAUAAUCAGGAAUGCCUGAUUCUUAAGCACUUCUUAUAUUUGCACUAGUAAUGUGUGGCCAGUUAAGUGAGGGGGGCAUUCCGAGUUGGGAGAAUACUUGCUUUUAGAGGAACUUUGGGGUUCGGUCGAGACAUCAAACCAGUUAUAAAACCUCCCCUUCACUGCACUGAAUACAUCGUCUGCUUGAAAAUCCAAUUAAAUAGCUCCUUGCAGAGAAGCUUGCCAUGUAGCAGUGUGAUAUUCCAGAAAGAGCAGACUUCCUAGUUGCACUAGUAGCUGAAAUUCAGUAAUGGGCAACUUAAGACUUUUCUUCUUCUUAGUCUGAAGAAAUGUAUGUCAGUGUGAAAAGUUACAAGUUACCACAGCACAAGAGUUGAAUUCAGUACAUAUUCAAGAAUGUGUUUUGUCUCCAGCAUGGUACAUUUAGCAAGACAUACUGCAGCACCUUUUUAAAAGGUCAUUUGUAGUCUUACACCUUUUUAAAGUAGAUAUUUUCAUGCUUUUUAAAAAUAUUUAGCUAUGCUGAACCAAGUUAAUUAUACUUUUAUCAUUUGUUACAAGAAGCAAUAUUUUGUAAUUGCAUACUUAAAAUUAUUUUUCUCUUUUGAUUACUCUAAAUAGCCUUCUUUAAAAGAGAUCAAAGCACUUACACAUACUGAUAAGUCAGUUGUGAAAAUGAUUCUUCUCUUGCUGGUUUUUAUUACUCCCUUUAGUGGCUGCAAAAGUGUUUGUAUUUCAUGACCAAAAGCCUACUGGCUGAAAAAAGAAGUUCCCUUUUGAUCCUGAUGAUUUUUUUUUUAAAGGAGAUUUAGAACUUCCUCUGUGGUGAACACAGGAAGUUCCACCUGAAUAUGCGGAAAAUCUUUUCCUGUGAGGGUGACAGAGCAGCGGCACAGGCUGCCCAGGGAGGCUGUGGAGUCUCCUUCCCUGGAGGCAUUCAAACCCUGCCUGGACACGGUCCUGUGCCCCCUGCUCUAGGUGUCCCUGCUCAAGGAGGGGGGUUGGACAAGGUGAUCUCCAGAGGUCCCUUCCAACCCCUGCCAUUCUGCGAUGCUGUGGAUACUUAGAAGUAAUCCUAAGUUUCAUGACUAAUGGCUGCAGGUAGCUACUGUUAUGAUAGCACUGUACAAAGAGGUAUGUCAGUACAGAGAUACAAGUAGGCUUGUACCGUCUAGAAACUCCAUGUGAUAUUGAAGUCAGCUUGUUACAAUUCUUAGAAAACUGAAUUUUCACUAGCAUUUUAUUUUUACUGGCAUGACAUACACUGUCUUUGAAAAAUACGCAGUCCCUGUCCUUUGUGUAGUGUGUUCCAUUCGCUGUUCCUUUCGUGACAGACACACCGUGGUUUGUUUUUCUUUUUUUUAAGUGGAGCUGUGCAUUGCUGCUGUCAUGUAAUGGAAAAAGUACUGUGUUAACAUUUAUAACAGGAGAUUUCACGUCUUGCCAUUUACUUAUAUAAGGAGGAACAGAACUUACCUUAGCAACAGGCUAUGUAACCUAAACUAUGGAACCUCAGCUGUGGGACCAUUCAUCCCUUCAUUGUUUUGCUGUGGCUGUGCUGAAAUUAAAGCCUGUCAAAAGGAUGUCACUUCACCCUUGCUAUCGACAGGCAUUUUCUUAACCUUGUUGCCUUAUUUAUAAAGUUAGUGGACGUUAAUUUCAAAGCACCUGUGAGCUGCAUUACUGUAGAGUUGUAUCGAUUUUGCUGUACUAGCUGUCAGGUCUGCAUUCUUCUAUCCUGAGAUCAGCUCUGUGACACACUUGAUACUGGCUUCCCAAGGACCUAAAACUGCACCAUGUUUUUUUCUUAAAUUGCUUCUGUUAAUCCUGAUUUACAUGGUGAGAUUGUCCAAUACUGUGUUCAUGCAGCAACAACAGCAGUUUUUCAGAGUUCAUCAUAAUCAUUUGACAUUGCUUGUACCGUAAGCUGUGGCGUAUUCUUGCUCUAUGUUUCUCUGUAGUCCCAGUCACGCCACAUGUUAAAACCAAGGUAAUCAAAUGAGUUGUUGCCUGUAGCACAAAGCAGAACUAUGAUGUAGAACAGUAAUUCAGAUUAUACAGUUCAUCUUAAACUUAAUGCGAAAUUAAUAGUGGUGAUUGAUCAGAUUUUAUGUCCAUUUUUUCCUAUUUACUAUCCUGCAGUUUUAUUCCUUAGAUUAUGCAUAUGGGACAGUAGCAAAAUUCCAAGCUGAGGAAAAAUAGUGUCAUUUUACAGUAUGGGUGCAGUGGUCCCCUUGUACACCAUUUGUGUUGACAGUUUACCACUGUGUUGCAAUAAAUAGCUCCAUGCUGUACUGUACUAUGGUUUUCAGAUUUGCUUGCCAUGUGAUCUGUCCUCUUUGCCUUGAAAAAAUAUGUGCAUGAUUGAGAAAAAUUACUGUCCUUAAUCUGUUUUGUAUUUAGCUGAAAUAUUAGAUUCCUGUAAUACCUUAGUUUAUAGAAAUGGAGUUCUUAUACAAACAUGUAUUUUAUGUGCACAUAAAAAGUAGUUAUGCUGAGCAUAGCAGUUUGUCGGUUCAAAACUGCCGUUUUCAAUGUGGAAAAUGAAUAUAUUUUUUUUCCACAUACUGCUGCUAAAAAAAUUCUGGAUUUUAAUCCUCCGUAAAUCACUAGAUGAAAUUGUGACUAGAAAUUGUCACUAGAAAUUGUGUUCUUCCCUUUGAUAUAAAAAUUGUGCAUAUGUAAUGCACAGGGUAAGACAUAAAACUGCCCAUCUUCUGUAAUGUGGAAUUUUGCACAUGGCUACAGCAGCAAACGGGGAGGGUAUAAGUAUAUUCACAAGAAACUUCUGGAAAUUGUGGUAGUCCUGCAUUGAAAUUGGUUCCUCCAUAGCUGAGAAAAACUCUAAUAACUGUGUUGGUCUUUGAGAAAUCUUAGCAAGUAUCACUACAGAAAAAAACACACAAAGAAAGAGAGCCUACAUAAAAAUACUUUUCUACCUGUUAUUGGUAUUUUUCAUCUGUGGCUGGACUUCCCUUUUUGUGGCUGUGUUGUCCUCUUGCUAGUCACUUAUCUUAAGCAGUUUGCCAGUUUUCAGGCUUUUUCUAUUUUUAGAAACUUCUUUGUUCACAUGAAAACUCUUAUAGUCUAGUGUAACUGAUCCAGUGAGGUAAAGAGUUGGGAUACAUAAUGUUUAAUGUUCAAAUGCUUAUGUGAGGACUGAAAACUCUUUUAUGAGUGGAAACCAGAAACAAAAUAUUCCAUUUCUACUAAAAUAACCAAAAUGUAAACAGCAACAGUGUUUUGAUCAGAAAUGGAAUUUGCAUCAACAUGGAUUUCAUGCUCUCAUUCACAGAGAUUCCAGAUCCUUUACAAAUAGGCUUAUUUUAUUCACUUUACUGUGUUUUCAUAUCUUAGUUAAAAUACAUGUCUAGGGUAGAUGAAGGCUUUUUUUUAUUUUUCUUAAACAUCACCUUUAAGCUUUUUUAUAAAACAAAUCUGACUGUCUGCAUCCUACACCAGACACUUGUAAAAUAAAUUAGCAUAAUUACAUACUGUGUUCUUUUGUGGCUGCAUCAGGGAUAGAACUCAACAUAGUUCACUACAUUAUUUGUAAACAAUCAUUCUGAGUACAAACACUAUGUAAUGUUUAAUAUUAAAGUAAUGACAGGUGCAUUAUUGAAGAUGCAACUUAUUGAGGAAGCAGAAGCUUUUAUUGGUUAAUGCUACCCUUAUUCCGUUUGUUGCACUGAAUUUCAGGAGUGUAAUUUGUAAAUCAAGUUUUCUCACGUGUGUAAUCAGAUUUUAUUUUCAUUUUCAUUCUUAUGUAAUUAAAUUACCUAGAUAUAUUUCUGGUAACGAUUCCAUAAGCAUGGACAAUAUGUUGUUAUGUUUAGCACUACAGAAUUAUUGUUAAGAACAAGUGAAGCUUCUUGUAAAAAAAAGGAGUAAAUAGAAGCACCUUACUGAGAGAGCAUGUUGCAUGAUUUCAGUGCUCCUGGAGCUGACAGACAGUAGGUCAUCCUCAACUUGACUGCAUAUUGCUCUUUGGUGUAAUAAGCACAUUGACAUUCUGCUACCAAUGCUGUGAAAAGUACAGCAAUGGCUAUUUUUAACCUAUAAAUACACUGUAAUUUAAAUUUUUCCUACAAAAUGAAUUUAUAUUUAAUUGCUGUCUAAUACAUAAAUACUUAAAAUUAGAAUUUUUAAGAGGAUCGGGUGGGUGGGCAUGCCAGUAUAUUUUUGGGAGGGGCUGUUGUAUAUAUGGUUCCUUGCAAUUCCCAUUCAGUUUGAUGAUUAACCCAGAACUCCCAGCUCUGACUGGUGAAUCUGCAACCUGACAUUUAUGUAUUUUUAUUGUGAUUCAGGUCUCCUAUAUUCUGUGGCCCAGAGCUUCAGAAUUUGAUAGAAAAUGUCUUCUUUCCAUUCUCAAAUGUGAAUGCUCUGAUGUGGAAAAUGACCAUGCAACAAAUUUUGCUCUGCUGAGUUUCUAGUAUUAAUGUAGAGUACUACUUAAACUGAUAUCUAAGGCUAUUAACCAGUAGUGUGUCCCUUUGGAACAAGUAAAAGAGAUGGUGGCCGUUUUGGUGAGUAUAGUCCAAACUCUGCAGAGAUUUAUUCCAGAGACUGCUAACCUAUUUGGUAAUUAGUUUUGCCGUAGACUGGCUUGAUUUUCAGAUCCAGGAACAUAUUUUUGAUUUCUUAAUCGGGAAAUAGGUCUUGGGGAUUAGGGAAGCUUACUUAACAUUUCCCAAUGCAUUACUGUGGUUGAAAUAUGUUUUGAAUUUCAUCUUAAAUAUGUACAAAUACAUCAUCAUAAGAUGGAAUCUUAAAGAAUACAGAUGGCUGCAGGAUGUCUUACAUGAAUUAAGCCAGUCAAGUUUAAUGAAACUAACUUCUUUGUUAAGCCUGUUGAAUAAAUAAGGAAUAAUCAGAAGGAAACCAAUUUGCCAUUCGCUAGCUUUGUGCAAUAUUAUCUGUAGACUCAAACACUACUAGCACAUUGUGCUUGGCUUUAAGGAAGUUCUUUAACUCCAUUAUAUUCAAAAGGACAUAUUAAAUUCAUAUUUUAUUAUAAACGAUUGCAAAUUUACUAUGCCUAAAAGUGCUCAAGGUUGUAAAGUAUUAAGCGAUGAGUAUGUUUAAAAAAAAAAAGGUAAACAUUUCUAGCAAUACCUAAAAACUAAAAAGAUUUUAACUGUCUGCAUUUUGCUCUUUUUUCCUUUAGUGCAGCUUUUCUGCAAUGCGAGUUUAUUGCUGUGUAUUUCAUGUUUUUUACUAUCAUGACUCAGAAAUUUAAACCUCUACACAAAGUACUGCACUCACCUUCUUGUACGUGCGAUGUAACAUCAUACUCACAGUUUUGGUGCUUUAAAAUGGUUCUUUUUUUCUUUAUUAAAGCAUAUUUAUUUGA